AUGGCACGCACUCGAUCGGCAUUCCUGCGCGGCGCGGCCGCGGCCGCCGGACUUUGCCUGGCCCUCCACGCCGCCCGCGGCUUCGUCGCCCCACGGAGCACCGGAGCCGAGCUGCGCACGGAGGAGCUCCGCGGUGCCGUGAGGCCCAUGGGCGCCGCGGCCGGCGAGCAGAGCCCCGCAUCCCUCACCGCCCCAGCGGCCACGGCAGCGGCGCCGGGUGCGUUCUCGGGAUCCACGCUGCUCACGGCCGGACUCUUCACGGCCCGCAGCAUGGUCAGCGUCUGCGCGCAGGUGGCCCGCCAUGCCAAGGCGCCUGUUAGCGAAUUCGGUGCUCCCAGCGGCGCCCGGAACUUCCAGGAAAUGGCCCUUGGCUUCACCACCGACAUCGCCAAGAACAACUUGGGAGAGUCUUUCUACAGGCCCUGGGUGCCCUUUGUGACGACCAUCUUCCUCUUCAUCUUCGUGAGCAACUGGUCCGGCGCCCUGAUCCCCUGGAAGCUCUUUGAGAUCCCGGCUGGUGAGUUGGCGGCCCCGACCAACAACAUCAACACCACCGUGGCCCUCUCCCUGCUCACCUCCCUGGCCUACUUCGGAGGUGGCCUGGCCAAGAAGGGUCUCGGCUACUUCGCCCGCUACGUGAAGCCGACCCCGAUCCUGCUGCCCAUCAACAUCCUCGAGGACUUCACCAAGCCGCUGUCCCUGAGCUUCCGACUUUUCGGAAACGUCGUCGCGGAUGAGCUGACCGUGGGAGUGCUUUGCUUCCUGGUGCCCUUCAUCAUCCCGCUGCCGAUCAUGGGCCUGGGUCUCUUCGCUGGCUCAAUCCAGGCAUUGAUCUUCUCGACCCUUGCGGCAGCGUACAUCAAGGAGGCCCUGGAGUGA